CUACUCACCGGAAAGUAGACCCGAUUCUCUAGGUAAAUCUCCUAACAUCUGCUCUCUGUCAAACAUUGCCUUGAAUGGGAAACAGGAAGAAAAUCGGACGACAGUUUGCAGUAGUGCCGCAAAACGGGCUGGUCCAGUAAUGGAGAUUUUUAUCAGCACAAGUUGGGUUUCUUAAAGGAAGACGUCUUGUAGCUGGCCAACAUACCUAAGACCAACUGUGCAACACCUUAGGUAAAUUACAGGCUUUCACUGCGAGGGUAACCAUGGGAACACAGGUUCCGCAUUCCGCGUCGCUUCCCGACGGGCUGUUCUCGGGGCUGCCCAGCCUGGUCUCUGACCUUCAGAAGCUUCUGGACGAUCGCGACACGGCAGACGUGAUGUUCGUGGUCGGGCGGGAGGAGGUUCCUAUGUACGCACACAGGCUGAUCCUGUGGGCACGGUGUAAGGGGUACCAGAGGUACAAGAGGGACUUCUGGAGCAAGGUGACAGGAAUGAAGGGAAUCAUGACCAUCAAACAGCCCAAGUACAAACCUGAGGUCUUCAGGAGUGUUCUCAACUACCUGUACACAGGAAAGAUGACACUGAAUGACACCACAGUGUUUGAGGUGUUAGUGAUAGCCCAGGACAUGGGGGUACCAGACUUACAGUACAGCUGUGAGGAACACAUCUCCAGUCAGCUGACCGUCCAAAAUGGCUGCUUCUUCCUGGCGAAUGCUUUAAACACUGUUCCCACGCUGACCACCAAAGGAGGAGCCACAGAGAUCCAUCCCCUUGUUGUCAGAUGUCUUCACUUCAUCGAGGAAAAUGCAGAAGACUGCUUGAGAACGGAAGGGUUCUUACAGCUGCCGAAGGAGUCGGUCAUCAGACUUGUGUCCAGUGAUCAGCUUGCCCUGGAGGAGGAGGAGGUGUGGAGACGGGUGCUGGCCUGGGCCAAGUACCAGGCUAAGGUGGAGAGCUCCCCGCAGAGAUGGAGCCCUGAGGAGAAGGCUCGGGUGUGCCAGCACCUGUCUGGAGUGAUAGAACAUGUGAAACUGCUGCUGAUAGACAGUAAGGUGUUUGCUGAAGAGGUGGAGCCCACUGGAGCUGUGCCCAUGGAGCUAUCACUGGAGAGGUAUCGCAUUGCAGCUGUACCCACAGGACUGAAGAACAGCAGAGACAGGAGGCUGACCCCCAGAGUCUCCCACAAACUCUUCAAAGGGACAGACAUCCUGAGCAGGGAGAGACUGCCUCUACAGAGGGUACUCAACCAAUGGUACGGGGACAGUAAGCAGGAGUGGAGACUGCUGUACAAGGCGUCCAGAGACGGUUACACGGCCGAUGCAUUCCACCAGAACUGUGACGGUUUCAGCCCCACCAUUGUGCUCAUCCUGGGCCACAAGGGGAAUGUGUGUGGGGGAUUCAGUGAUGUACCCUGGACAAGUAAAGCCCCCGCACAGGGGAAGUACAUCGCUUCAGACAGGUAA